AUGUCCCCUACAAAGGAGGCACCGCAGGAUUCCCUCGUCCUUGAAAGUCGUCCCGCAAAUGAUACAUGGCUAUCUCGUAAUCCUCUCAUCAGCUCUGAUCCCACCAUCUCGGCCUUCGGCGCCACGAGGUGGAAAUGCGAACCCAUGAAGUACUGUGAUGAUCGUCGUAGUGGAGUAAUUCGUGGUGAAGUACUGGGUGGUACCAGUAGGAUCAAUAUCAUGGGAUUUAUUCCCGCCCCAGAUUGCAAUGCACGAGAUGCUCCUCCUGAAGGAGUCGCUACACUCUCCCUUACUCUUAGUGAACGCAGAGAGCGGGUAUCCAGUUUUGAAGCCUUCCUUUCCAAGGAAAUUGCAUUGGAAAGACAAAACCUCACGAUUUGUACCAAUACACUUGUUUCUCGGAUUUUAUUUAGGCAUGACAAGGGGCUUCCGCGUACUGAAAAGGUACUCUUUAAGUCUAUGGAUCCAACAUCUGACAGGAUAUUUUUGACGAAGGUUGACAAAGAAGUUAUUACAGAUCAUAUCAGUAUUCCAGUCGCAUGGGAGGUACCAGCAGCCAAAUCCCUUACUUCCAUGGCAAUCCGCCCCUUCAGAAUUGCACUCGAACUCUUGAAAUAUAUCUUUUUCCGAACCACUUUCCACAAGUGCUAUGGAUAA